AUGGGCUGGGCUGCUCAAGGAUACGCAUGCGAAGCGCCACUGAUGGUAGGUGCGCAGUAUACUAGUGCAGCUCCAUUCCUAGGAGCUUACGACCUCACCGCAUUCCCCUCCACGUAUGGGGGCGGAUUUGCUAUCUCAAGUGCGUCCCCUAUCUCGCCUUACGGGGUCUCUGUGGUAUCAGAGAACGCGAUCGAAGGAAUCCUGGCGGUCGGUGGUGAAUUGCCAUUUCUUGGCACCGUAGCGUUAGAGGGUGCUCUGCCAACAGCUGGUGCUGGCACCAUCUCAUACGGCUGUGGUAACGGGAAUGUGGGAAUGAUGGAUGAAUGGAUUCGGAUGGCCCGGGACAGGCCU